AUGACUGGCCCCGUGCAAAAAUCCGCUGACGACGCGGUGCUCGCGCGGCUGGGCAAGAAGCAAGUUCUUCGGCGUCGGUUUGACUUCUGGUCGCUCUUCGGUUUUGCCGUGUGCGAGCUGAUUACCUGGGAAACGGUGCUGGCCCUGUUCAGCCAGGGCCUGGAGAAUGGCGGACCUAGUGGGCUGCUGUACGGGUUUAUCAUUGCCUGGAGCUCGACUCUGUCUGUGUACACGGUCAUCUCGGAACUGGCCUCGAUGGCGCCCAUCGCGGCCGGUCAGUACUACUGGGUAUACAUGCUCUCGUCGGAGCGGUACCGCGUGUUUGCCAGUUAUGUUGUUGGCUGGCUGACCUCGCUCGCAUGGAUUGCGACGGUGGCUACGGAGACGCUGUUCGCCGGCACCAUGCUGCAGGGGCUCAUCGUGCUGGACUAUCCCUCCAGCUUCGUGCCCGCGGACUGGCAGGCCACGCUGCUCACUUGGGGUGUGGCCCUGGUAUCGACCUUGAUCAACGCGGUGAUUCCAGGAAUGCUACCGCGGAUUGAGCUUGGUACCGUAGUGUUUCACAUUGCCGGAUUUAUUGCCAUCAUCGCCGUGCUCUGGCACUUUACCGACCCGUUUCACUCGGCCGAGUUUGUGUUUCGAUCGAGUAUGAAUGAGGGCAAAUGGCCGAGCCAGGGUAUUUCAUACUGCGUAGGGUUUUUGGGCAAUGUCGCCACGUUUGUUGGCGCAGAUGCGAGCGUGCAUUUGGCCGAGGAAGUGUCCAACGCGGCGACGACCAUUCCGCGGGUUAUUACUUGUAGUAUGAUCUUGAACGGCAUUGUUGGGUUUAUUAUGAUGAUCACGCUGCUGUUUUGCUUGGGUGAUGUUGAUUCGGUGAUGGACAGCAACACGGGCUUUCCGUUCUUAUCAAUAUUCAAAAACAGCGUCAAGUCCACCGCCGGAGCUACCGUCAUGGGCGCCGUCGUCCUGAUCCUCACCUGGGCCUGCGCCACCGGCAUCAUCACCUCGUCGUCGCGCAUGACAUGGGCCUUUGCGCGCGACCGCGGCACUCCAUUCUCACGCAUUCUCAGCAAGGUCGACCCGCGGACGCAAGUGCCCAUUGUUGCCAUCUGCGUUGUGGUUACGAUUGCCUGUCUCUUGACGCUGAUCAACAUUGGAUCCCCGACGGCGUUUAACGAUGUGAUCUCGCUCACAAUUACCGGGUUUUAUGGGAGUUAUCUAGUGCCAGCGAGCUUGUUGUUGUAUCAUCGGUUGAAGCAAGGGAAUAUCCUACCCCACGGAUCUGUGGUAGAUGGACAGGACAUUGAGAAUCCUCUUGAAACUAGGGAUGCUGCUGCCACCGCCGAUCUUCCCAAAGACGAAAUACCCAAAAAGGAGACUUCAACCAAUCCCGUCACUGACGACGGUGACGAACAAGGAAGAAUCACUUUUGCGCCAACGCAGCUCGUCUGGGGCCCCUGGCACAUUCCGGGCCUGUUGGGGAUUAUCAACAACGUAUAUGCGUGCUUGUACAUGGUGUUUGUCAUUUUCUGGUCCGUGUGGCCACCGGCUACGCCCGUGGCUGCGGAUACAAUGAAUUACUCUGUGGUUGUGACCGGGGGUGUGAUUAUUUUCAGUAUUGUGUGGUACUUUAUCCGGGGUAGGAAAGAGUACAAGGGGCCAUUGGUGGACAAGGAGGUUGUGGAGAUUAUCAGGGGGGUACAUGGUGAUUUAUAG